AUGUCUUUCAAUACCAAUGUUCAGGAAGAAGACAACACCGUUUUGUUGCUCUCGCUUUGGCCGCCUGGAAGCCAAUCCUCACCAGCUUCUUCCUCCUGCUCUUCUUCUACUUCAACUUUCGUUGCUUCUAAGUGGCUCCGCGCAAGCUCGAAACCGCAGUGUCACUUCUCCCACUCUUCAAACCAAGUGGACGAUGACUCCUCAGUGACGAUCGAACUCUCCAUUGGCCCCCUGAAUGCGAGGCCUAGGGCAAGCACAAGCACCGUGGCCACCACCGCCGCAGGCUUGAACCUCGUGCCUAGUCGCUACUGGAUUCCCUCUCCCGCCGAAAUCCUCGUUGGCGCCACCCAGUUCUCCUGCACCGUGUCCAACAAAACCUUUAAUCACUUCAACAACAUGCAGAUGCACAUGUGGGGUCACGGAUCGCAGUAUCGGAGGGGAUCGGAGUCACCGCGUGCCAUAACGAGGCAAUUGCCCUCGCCAUGUCUGUUGAAGCUGCCGUGCUACUGCUGCGCGGAGGGGUGUAAGAACAACAUUGAGCAUCCUAGGUCACGGCCGCUCAAGGACUUUCGGACACUGCAGACGCAUUACAAGCGCAAGCACGGAGUGCGGCCUUUCGCGUGCCGUAGGUGCGGUAAGGCAUUCGCAGUGCGCGGUGACUGGCGCACCCACGAGAAGAACUGUGGGAAGCUGUGGUUCUGCAUCUGCGGCUCCGACUUCAAGCACAAGCGAUCUCUCAAGGACCACGUGAGAUCCUUCGGCAGCGGCCAUGCACCUCAUAUCGUGGAGACGAUGAGCAUUGAUGAAGAGGUGGGGGUGAUAGAAGGUAAGGACGGUGACGAGCUAAGAGAGUAA